AGCUUGGCUGUAGAUGGCAGUAGUAAGAUUUUACUUACAGAGAACAAUAUUACUCUUGUGCUGUAAACAUUGAGAGAGACGGUGUGGUUGUUACAUGUGGCACGCAAGGGGCAUUUGGCAUAACUGAAGGAUUUGCAUUGGCACCGACAGAAGCAAGAAGAUUACACAGAGGGGAAUGUACAAGUAUAGAUAGAGAGUAACUGCAGAAAGAGAAGGGCUGGAAUAUGCAAUGCAUUCAAAAAGUAUACAUUUCUAGAACAUAUAACAAAAGAGUAGAGUUCAUGAGUGACUGACAGACUAAAGCAGGGGGUGGCAAUUAAAUGGCUCAAUAAGAAGCGUACAGCGGCUGAUACAGCGUGCACAGUGCAGGUAUUUCUUACGCAUAUUCAAUGAGGGGAAUUAAAGUGAGCAAGAGAUACAGAGGGACUGAGCAAGAUUAGCAGAAAAGUUACAAAUAGAGGUUCUGUUUGCGGGACCUUUGAGCCAGCAGCGCAAUAAAAACAGGAGAUUGUUUUCUGUUGGGUUGUGCACGAGAACAGCUGGUCAAGGAUGAGUAGCUGGACCCUGCUUCUGUGUUUGUGGAUUAUUCUGGUUUCUGCUCACUAUGUUCUCACAGAUACGUUCCCUGAUCAGAACUCUGUCAUCUGUGACCCAGAGAAGCAGUAUCAGCUUAGCAACCGUUGUUGCUCCAAAUGCGAACCAGGAAAGCGUCAGUCUUCUAAAUGCACACCUACUUCUGACACAGUAUGCAGCCCGUGUGGUCCAAAUGAAUACAUGCCUGAUUGGAACAAUGAACAUAGCUGUUCCCUCCAUGACAUUUGUGAUCCAGGAAAAGCAUUACGGGUCGCUCAACAAGGGAACAGUACACAUGCUCGGAAGUGUGUCUGUGUUUCAGAAUAUCAUUGGAAUCAACAUGAUUAUUGCAGUAAAAACAAAGCAUGCAAUCCUGGAUUUGGAGUGGAGCGUUUAGCUGAAACUGAUAAAGAUACUGUUUGUGCAGCCUGUCGUGACGGCUUCUUCUCCAACAUAUCCUCAUCCACAGAACAGUGCAAACCCUGGACCAACUGCACAGAAAUUGGACUAGUACAGAUUAAAAACGGUACCAAAACUUCGGACCCUGUUUGUGACAAAGUCAUCAACACAUCUUUAAAUAAUCAUGUGUUCAUAAUUGUGGGCUUAGUACUCCUACUGGUUGUAUCAGUGAUUGGUGUCGUGUGCUUUGUGUUCUGGAGGAAGAAACUCAAAGAACUUACAGCAGAAAAUCUACAGCAGUGGAUAAAUGAAUUAUUUUACAGGUCCCGGGGGACUAAGGAAAAAUCUCCUCCUGAUAACUUAGAUAUUCAGGUUCCCAUUUAUGACCAUUCUGACACUCAUGAGCUUCUUCAUGACAAUAGUCCAUAUUACUCAUCAAUACACAAUAUUUCUGGGCAGAAAACCUGUACACCCAGCACCAUGUCAACAGAUUUGCUAGAAAAGGAAUGCCUCAAGGGCAGAAGUUUUCCCACUGAAGAUGAAUAUACGGAUAAGAUGUAUUCAGCAAAGCCCCUAGGUAUAGAGGUUGAGAGUAACAUUACAGAAACGGAAUAUUCAUCAGAAGAAAGUGAUAGUAUUCCUGCCUAUUCAGAACAUUAUCCAUUAUACUGCAGUACCUCACAGCCUGGGCAGAUCCCUCUGCAUACUUGUGGGCAAUCUGCCAGAACGUGUCAAGAAAAAGGGAGGCAAAAAAGUGUCCAUUCCUCUCAGUGCACAUCAAAUAUGGACUACUCACAUUCUGGUCACAAUGUGUCAGACGAAGAUGCUACUGAGGAGAUGUUUUCUGACUCACAGAGCCCAAGUGGCAGUUCCAAUCAAGAUUGGUCUACCUCAGAUACACCACCACUGUCAGGAAAUAUUACAGGAAAUACCAACUCAACAUUUAUUGCAAAUGGACAAGUGAUGAACUUCAAUGGUGAUGUUAUUUUUCUUGUGAUGAGUCAAAACUCUCAGGAAACCGCCACAGAUAAUGAGAGCAACGAAGGAAAUGUGGGAAACCCAGUUCAAGAAGAAAGUCAGAGCCGGUGUGAUAGUUUUGUACCAAACACUCAAAGUCCUACAGAAAAAUAUGCUGAUAUUCUCUCAAGCUCAAACAUGAAUACAGGAUUGCAUUACCCAAAUACAGAUCACAAUAGGUGUUCUGUGAGUCCAUGCACUUUAAAUCAAGGACACUAUAGCAAUCAAAAUAUUGUUUUUAUACCUGUGCAAGAAGAAGGUAAACCAGAAUAUUUUAGUUCUGAGAGUAUGUGUUUCUAAUUUGAAUACAUUUUUGCCUAAAUUAAAAGGACAUACAACCCAGUCAGUAUAUUUACCCCAGGUAAAUAUCAGUAAUUAAACACUGUAUUGCAAAGGGAAAAAAAACAGCAAAAUAUAUACGUCUUUCAUAUUACAGAUAAGGGAUAAACCUCUUGACCUCUUGAAAAGCCUGGUGGUUUUAAUGUUCAGAGUCUCUCUUGCUGUGGCUAAUCUGGUUACAUUUGAAACUCACUGUAGCAUUUCUCUGUAAACAAAUCUCAGUAUAACUGGAGUGUUCACCUCAGGGCUCCAGUUCCACUGUGGAGAGGGAAAAUAAAGUUUGCAGAAGGAAAUUACAGGAAGAGCAAGCAAACCAGAAAGAAUUAAUGUACACUGCAAUAUUUUUUAAAGGUGCUUAAUGAAAUAUUUUUGGGUUUGUGUUUAAUAUCUGUUUAAAAUCAGCACAAAGUUAAAUUAAUUUGAAGAUAACCUGGAGAUUAUGACUUGGAUAGAAUAGACAUGGUGAUGCAAUUAUCAACUUGAUGGACUUUUAUCUCUUUUCAGCCUCAUCUAAUUUGGAAACUAACCAUCAUGGAAAUUACUUUUGAAGUAAUUGUAUUUGUUUUUGGAAGCAGGUUAACUUUUUUAAUGUCUGCCGUAACGUAAGCUGCAAUGUGCUGAUUUGUUGUUAUAAAGUCACCCUAAGGUUAAUUUAUGAUUACCUUUCAAAGUUGGAAAAUUAUUAUCCAUGGUGUGAUCUGAAGAAGACAGUCAAAACAGUGUGUCAUACUGUCUCACAGUGUGACUUGACUAGACACUAUAAGCCAUUCAAAGGAGGGCUACUAAAUUGGUACAUGGUCUAGAAAAGAAAACUAACAAGGAAAUACUUUGUGACCUUAAUACGUAUAGUUAAGGGGAGAAAAGUGAGGUGAUACAGCUGUAUUCGCUCACCAACAGCACUACCCCCUUAAAUAUAUAUUUUUUUAACUUUUUUUUUUCAGAUCCCCAAGACUUAUAAGGUUAGGCAAUUACCUUUCCAACGGUGGGUCUUGUGGGUCUGUAGCUGCUUAGAUGCUUGAGAUACAGGCUUCUAAGCAGCAUGCCCCCAUUUCCCUAUACUGUCCAUUGUAAUUUUUCAAUAAAGUUGCAUGGUGACGUCAUUGUGUGUGACAUCACAUCGCAAAACAUGAAGCCCCAGCAAUGCCUGUCACUAUACAGGCCCGAUCGCUGGGGUGGGAGUCGAUGGGAGCCCCCAGAUUGCCCUCAAGGUGGGUGAGUGCUAGUGGCGGCUCUGAGCCAUCGUUAGCACUCAAAGGGUUAAGGGUUAUAUUUUCAUGAAAACAGAAAAAUCCAGAACAUACUCUAAAACUAUCAGAUGAACUGUGAAGUAAUGUGGCAUGGGGAUACCUGGUGAUACCUUGUGGACUGGUUGAUACACUGAAUUAUUAUUAAUAAGGAAGGGUGGUUGUUAGAAAUUAAAUAAAUUCCAGCAUAAGUAUGUGCAGCACAGGAUUAAACAGCAGUGUAGUGUGUUACAAAUAAACUAAAUGAGCAUAGAUAGAUUUAAUCUAUUUUAUAAUGAUUUGUUGCUGUAUGAACAUAUGUCACCUUUGGGGGUAUUUGUUUGGGACUAAGGAAAAUGUAUAAAUAUCUGACAUACUGUUUUUUUCCAGAAAUGAUUCUGUAUAUGUUAAUUGUAAAUACCUAUAAAGUUCAAAUUACUACUCUAGCUGUUGUUAAUAUUUUGUAUUUGCACUGUACAGAAUAAGCAAGAAGCCAAAUAUAAUGCUGCAAAUGAAUAUAAAUAAAGUGAAAGAACUGGA